UGUGCAGCCGGCACCUCUCAUGUGUCCUGGAACUCGGAUCCAAAUGCUGUGAGCUACACUGUGAUAGCCACCAAUUUGGAACAGAGGCUCACCUGUGUCAGCCCCACCCCCAACUGUACACUGACAAACCUGCUCUGCGACCACCCCUAUGACAUUUUUGUGACGGCUACUGAUGGCAUCUGUGUCAGCAACGACAGUCUCUCCAUCUGGCAAGCACCAGUACCGUGUGCUCCAGAGGAUGUUGACACCAACUUGUCCUGCAGCAGCAAUGACUUAAUUGUCAGCUGGAGAAACUCUUCUUGGCCACUCAACUACAGCGUCAGCGCCACUCCUCUUUCUGGAGAUAUGACAUCAGCCACCUGCCACACUGACAUCACUUACUGUAGUCUGAGAGGCCUUCACUGUGGGCAGACUUACAAUGUGUCUGUGAAAGGUUGCUAUGGAGAUUGCCUCGGGCCACACAGCAUCCCACAGACCAUCAUGACAGCUCCAUGUGCACCUCAGAGCUUGGAAGCAAUGACAGACUGUAGCACAACCUCCGUUUGGGCCUCUUGGAAGGCUUCUUUGGGGGCUACUUCCUAUACGGCGACUAUGACUGGACCAAAUGGCUUCGUUGAAACCUGCUCGACAUCGAACCUCACGUGUUCUUUUAGUCAUCCACAGUGUGCCACACAAUACAGCAUUAACGUCACCGCUCACGACGACUACUGCGACACCGCCUCCGCUCAGAUGACAAUGACCACUGGCAGUUUUUUUCAAAUUGUGAUAUUUAUUGUGAUUCAUUUCCCAGGAUUCAAUACUUAUCCUCCUGGUACCUCUUCCUCCAGGACCGUGUGAUCCAGUUAAUGUGACCGCUAAGUUCCAGUGUGGCUCUAAUGCAGCAUCAGUAUCCUGGACCGCCAGCGGUGGGGCCACGGCGUACAAUGUUUUGGCUUACGGCGCAAAGCAUCAAACAUCCUGCCGGACCAUGUCAACUUCCUGUCAAUUGAAUGAGCUGCAGUGUGGAGUGAGAUACAAUCUGACUGUGCUAGCUGAGGACAAUACCUGUAACAGCACAGGACGAUCACAAGUAGCGCUGAUGACAGCUCCAUGCUCCCCAUACAUUGAGAACAGCACCCAGAUAUGUGGCGCUAAUUCCUCCUCUGUGUCCUGGAUGCCAGUGGCCGAUGCCACAGGUUACAUGGUUAAUGCAACUGCUGCAAGCGGCCACUCAGUUUCCUGCAGUACGGCGACUGCGACGUGUGCGCUAACAGAUUUACAGUGUGGGGAGACGUACACAGCCACUGUUGUGGCUCAGGGAAGCCAGUGUGACAGUCCACCUGGACCAAGUGCAAAUAUCACCACAGAUCCCUGCCCUCCAGUGCUAAUUUCCAAGCAGUAUAUGUGUGGCAACAACACGGUCGUGCUCAGUUUCAGUGACACAGUUGGACGAGUCAGCUUCCAAGCUGAAAUAGCCGGAUAUGGCUAUAUGGACACCUGCAGGACUACAAACACCAGUUGUGUUGUCCAUAAUCUUCCUUGUGGCUUGGAUCUCAAUGUUACUGUGCAGGCUGAGGGGGCACAGUGCAACAGCACCCCUAGUACUUGUCAAUCGCUCCAAACAGUCCCAUGUGCCCCAGAGAACAUUAGCGCCACACUGGUAUGUUUCAAUCACUCGGCCCUGGUGUCAUGGGUGGGAAGCCACAAUGCUGUCGAAUACACAGUGACGUCUAUCGGCCAAAAUGGACACAGACAUCAAUUUCAUUCCAACACUACUAGAUGUCAACUAUCACACAUCCACUGCGGUGAAACAUAUGACAUCACUGUCACACCGCAUUCUGAGUCGUGUGCUGGAAGACCGAGUCAAGUCUACAGCUUCAGAGCAGGCCUUUGCCCCCCAAGUAACAUCACCAUGUCUUCACCAUGUGAGGACAACAACACAGUGUCUUGGUCCAUUGUACCCGGGGCCGAGAUGUACAUAGCCACAGCAACAACUGCUGAUGGACACAAACACAAUUGCAGCUCCAACGUUUCUACCUCAUGCCGGUUCACUGACCUUCACUGUGGGCAAAACUAUUCUGUCACUGUGGUGACCGUGGACCGGGUUUGCUGGAGCGAACCCAGCUCAGCUGUAGAAGUUGCAACCGCUCUGUGUCCACCCAUUAACUUGGCGGGUGAGGUCGCCUGUGACACCAAUGCAGUGACCAUCUCAUGGGACCGGAGUCCAGUGCCAGGGGUUACCUACAUUCUAAAAUACAAGCAGCUCCCUGGCACACUUCCUCCGUCAUCGUGGCCGACCUCAAACACCUCACACAUACUGACCAACCUUCAGUGUGGACAGAGAUAUGCCUUCUACAUUGCGUUUCUGGAUGGGGCUUGCCACAGCAGCUAUAGCCCUGCUAUGGAAUUAAGCACAGCUCCCUGCCAGCCCACAAACUUUGCUGCUCACGUGGACUGCGGGAUGAACAAAGGCAACUUCUCCUGGUUCGAAAGCAACGGAGCAGCUUUUUACACAGUGCAGGUGACAGGAGAGCACGGCCACGUGGCAUCCUGCUCAUCCAAUGGCACUUCUUGCGCUGUCAGACUCCACUGCGGCCGCUCAUACUCGGCCUCGCUGGUGGCGUCCACCGAGAGCUGCAACAGCACCAAACAUGCUGAUAUAACUUUUGACUCAGCUCCGUGUCUCCCAGAAGAUGUCCUAGCUGUAAUGGACUGCUACAACAAUGUGAUGAGUGUGAGUUGGUCAGAGACCCCCGGCUCAGACAACUACACGGCCUGGGCUAUCAGCGUAGAAGGACACAGAGCUUCCUGCAACUCCACAUUCAACAAGUGCUCCGUCCAUGAUCUGCAGUGUGGCCACGUCUAUGAAGUGCUCGUCACCUCGUCCUCUGUUCAAUGUGAAAUCAUCGCUGGUUCUGACUACAAGAUCCAAGCCGCUCCAUGUAAACCGGAGAAUGUCACAGGGGAUCUUAACUGCAGCUCCAACAUCAUGACAGUGACAUGGGAUCAAGUCAGUUCACUUGCCCAGAACUUCACUGUAGAAGCCAGAUCCGCUUCAGGUGUUACCUCCACUUGUGAAACCAAUGAGGGCAACUGUUCCUUCCUGGACCUGAGCUGUGGUGAACUCUACACUUUCACGGUGAUGGGUCACACCAAUGUCUGCAUGAGCGAGAUGAGCUACCCCACAGAGAUGCUAACUGCUCCAUGUCCCCCUGGUGAGUUGUCCACAGAGAUGAACUGCACUACCCGAAAAGCUCUGGUCAGCUGGAAGACAGCUGCUGCUACCACAACCUAUAGCGCCAUUGCAACCUCCACCAAUGGACACAACUCCUCCUGCAGUGAAAUUGGAACCUCAUGUGAACUUAACAAGCUGGUCUGCGGACAGAACUACUCAGUCAUGGUGGAAUCAAUGCAUACUGGGUGUGCCGGUCCGACCACUACCCCUGUCUGGCUCACGACAGAUCCCUGUGUUCCCAUGAAUGUCUCAGUCUACUAUAGUGUAAUUGAUGCCCAAGUGCUGUGGAGUGCGGCAGACGGAGCAAGUUCUUACUCAGUGUGGGCUGUAAAUGAUCAGGGCUGUGCAGCCACAUGUAACAGCACAGGAACCAGCUGCCAUCUGAGUGGCCUGCAGUGCAGUCAGAUCUACAACGUUACUGUGACAGCACACAGCCAGGCUUGCGACAGUUUCACCUCUGACACCCAGCAGCUUAAGACAGAACCUUGCCCGCCUACCAAUGUUCUGGCCAACGCAGAGUGUGAUCAAUUUACAGUGACUAUUUCCUGGAACCAGAGUGUGUUCGCAGUGGGUUACGUCGCCUACGUUUACGACCGUUAUUACUCUUAUAUGUUGACGUGUGAGACUGAGGAAACAGACACCAGCUGUGUUGUCUCGGGACUCAUGUGUGGCACCCAAAAUGACGUUUGGGUCACAGCCUUGGGAGAGGAGUACAUGAGCUCUGACAGCAGAAUAGUCACGUUCACAACAGGGCCUUGCCCACCGAGCAGCAUUGGAGCCGUUAUGGACUGCGAGAUCAAGUCGGCUAUUGUAUCCUGGCUACCCGGCAAUGGAACUGAGUCUUACACGGCUGAACUGGCAGCCUCGUCGGGGCACGCGACAACAUGCACCACCAACCAGACCUACUGUCUAGUCACGUCUCUGCAGUGUGGGCAGGAGUACAACGUCACUGUGGCAAGUGUGGCAGACACCUGCAAUAGCACUUACCUCAUGUCGGGAUACCUCACCACAGAGCCGUGUGUACCGAUGAAUCUCUCCAUCCACUUCAAUAUGAGCGAAGCUCGCGUUAGGUGGGGUGUAUCAAGAGGUGCCGGAUCUUACUGUGUCCAGGCUGUGGCUGACCAGGGCCUGACUGCCACCUGUAACAGCACCGACACCCAGUGCACCUUAACUGGUUUACAGUGCAAUCAGACCUAUAACGUUACAGUGGCUGCGAAAAAUAACGUCUGUAACAACACAGUGACAUCUGAUACGUACCGACUCAUGACAGAACCAUGCCCACCUACCAAGGUUCAGGUUGCUGUGGAAUGCACACAGCUUUCAGUGUUUGUUUCCUGGGAGCAGAGUGAUCUCGCUGUGGGUUACAUUGCCCAUAUUUACAACCAUUAUGGAUACGACACUUUGAUGUGCAAGGCAGAGGACACAGACACCAACUGUGUCAUCUCGGGACUCAUGUGCGGCACCCAAUACGACGUGUGGGCCAUAGCUUUGGGAGAGGAGUACAACAGCUCUGACAGCACAAUGGUCUCGUUCACAUCAGCUCCAUGCCUGCCCACCAACAUAGAGGUCGAAGUUGACUGUAACUCUGAUGGAGUUGCAGUGGCAUCCUGGGACCCUCCAUAUGGCACAGCAAACAUUUCCCUGACAGCCAGCGGAGGUCUUCAGGUGCAUUGCCAAGCAGAGAACAACAUUUGCAACGUGUCAGGUUUAAGCUGUGGUGAAACCUACAACGUGAGCCUCACUGCCAGCAAUAACCAUUGCGACGUCGCGUCACACAUGCCCUCCAACUUCACCACACGACCGUGUCAACCUGAGCGUGUGGGUGUUCAGCUGCAGUGCGGCUCUGAAACUGCUGUCCUGUCCUGGGAGGAGAGGCCGGAGGUGGAACUUUACAUGGGAACCGCUGUCCCUAGCUCAGGAGGAGAGGAGCAUUUGUGUAACUCCACAGGUUCAUCCUGCGUGUUCCCAGGCCUCUACUGUGGAGAGACGUACGACUUUACUGUCAAGGCACUGAGUCACGGCUGCUGUAGCCAAGUUAGCGACUCUGUGUACAUUCAAACAGAGCCUUGCCAGCCUGUGAUAGUGUUGGCUCAGUCUCCCUGCCAGAGUGAGGAGCUGCAGCUCUCCUGGCAUCCCGCAAGCGGUGUCAUGUUUUACAUCAUCACGGCCACAGGACCCCUGGGCUAUGUGGAGAACUACAAUACGACGCAGACGAGCCUGACUGCUGCUGUACUGUGUGGACAGAACUACAGCGUCGUUGUGCAAGGAGAAGGCAGCGAGUGCAACAGUGAUCCAAGCAGCCCGGCUUUUGUCAAAACAUCUCCAUGCAUCCCUCAUCACGUGAUAACCGAUGAGCAGUGUGAGGCGAACACAGUCUCUGUUACUUGGUGGGCCAGUGACGGCGCCGAAAAGUACGCCGCAGAAGCUGUUGGUCUUGAUGGGCACAGCCACUGGUGUUACAGCAACCACACUAACUGCACCUGGGACGACCUGCACUGUGGGGAGGAGUACACUGUACUGGUGAGGGCGGAGGAUGAAUAUUGCACAAGUCUGCCCGGCAACAGCUCCGUCAUCUACAUGGAUCCAUGUUCGCCCCAGAAUGUCCGUGCCUCUGUGGAUUGUGAGCUGAAUGUUGUUUCGUUAAGCUGGGACGCCAGCAACGGAACAACGUUGUACAUGGUCUCAUUUGAGACGGGAGGCCAAAUUGUUACGCUUAGCACCAAUGACACCGAAGCCCACUUGUCGGACCUUAACUGCGGCGGAAACUACAGCCUCACAGUGACGCCUCACAGCCGUUACUGUAUGGGCAUGGCCAGUGUUCCAGCUUCAAUCCAGACAUGGCCGUGCCCACCUGAGGGGGUCUACGCUAUGCAUGACUGCCUUUCUGGUACUGCCAUGGUCAUGUGGCAACCCGGCAAUGGGACUGACCACUAUGCGGCAACCAUGGACUCUGACAGCGGGAUCUCCCAAAUCUGCAUGUCAUACUCUGGCGAAUGCAACGUGUCUGGACUGACCUGCGGACAAAACUUCUCAGUGUCCAUCAUAGUGUCCAACCAGCAGUGUAACGUCACUGCUGUAGCUCAUCACAGUGUGCAGUCAGUGCCGUGUAUUCCCACUAACGUCGCCGUGGUGAUGGACUGCGCCAAUAACUCUGCUGCUGUGUCCUGGUCUGCCAGCGAUGGUGCGACACAAUACUUGGUGACAGCCUCCUGUUACCAUGGCAACAUCAGCCACCAGACCUCUGACCUCAACUGUACUCUGGAUGAGCUCAUGUGUGGUAGCCGAUACUCCGUUCAAGUGGUGGCAAUGGAUGACAGCUGCUCCAGUGUUACCAGUCAAGUUUUGGUAUUUGACUCAGCCCCAUGCCCACCCCAGAAUGUGACCACCCAGCUCAGCUGCAUGUCCAACAACUUGACGGUUUAUUGGGACUCCGUCGGGUACGCUGACUACUUUUUGGUGCGGGUAAGCGAGGACAACGGAGGAGGCGGGGGUGAGACCUUUAACACCACCAGCAAGGAGAGUUCUACCAGUUACCUGAACUGUGGGAGUAGCUACUCCGUCCAAGUCACAGCAGUCAAAGGAGAUUGCCUGACCCAGUCCGUUCAGAACCACAGCAUCCUGUCAGCUCCCUGCCAGCCUCAGGGCAUCCAAGGCAGCCUUGACUGCGUGACCAAUUCGGCCUGGAUCUCAUGGAACCCUGCCCUGGGUGCCGACUGCUACACCGUGUCAGCGGUCGGGCAAGACUACAGCAUGGCCAACUGCACCACCUGGACCAACACCACCUGUGAGGUGGAGGACCUGGCCUGUGGCGUUCUUUACAACUUUAGUGUGACUGCCAAGAACAGCCAGUGUGACAGUUAUCCCAGCACCGGCGUUGACUUACAAACAGCCCCCUGCUCUCUCUCUGGCAUCACGGCCAUCCCUGAAUGCCACGACGCUUCCAUCCUCGUCCUCUGGGAGCUGGCGGAGGGCGGCGAGGGAAACACCGUGUACACCGCCACGGCCGAGGCCAGUGACCACACGUAUUUGUCCUGCAAUGGCACGGGCACCAACUGCACCCUGCGCGGGGCCCGGUGCGACCUCCACUACACCGUCAUCGUUGCCGCUUCAUCGGACCAGUGCAGCAGUUUGAGAAGUCCACCUCAUAAAAUAAGCAUGGAGCCGUGUUCCCCUAGAGAGGUAAAUGUCAGCGCCUCAUGUGAGGACCACAGCGCCUUGGUGUCAUGGACCUCUUCCCCGGUGGCCACGACCUACCAUGUUGUCGCAAAGGCGGCGGACGGACACACGCACACCUGUGUUGGCUCCUACACUAACUGUAGCUUGUCUGGGCUGCACUGUGAUGAGGAGUACGCAGUGCAAGUGACAGCCAGCCAUAAAAAUUGCACCAGCGAGGCCAGUCACAAUGUUACCUUCAGCACAGGUCCCUGUCAGCCUGAAGGUCUGUCGGUGACCUUCCACUGCAGUAAUCAGUCUGCAGUGCUCGCAUGGACCCCCGGUAAUCACGCUGUGGACUACUACGGCUGUGCUCAGGCAUGGAGCGGAGAUAUGCUCUACUGUCACAGCACCUAUCACGCCUGUACCAUUCCCAAUCUGGACUGUGGGACGCUUUACAACUUCACCGUCCAGGCCUCAGACGGCACGUGCAACAGCUCCUUCAGUGAGCCGGUGCAGAGAGGAGCAGCUCCAUGUCCUCCAGACGGUGUUGAGGUGCAGCCUAUGAUGAUCUACAUGGCGAUCCAGACAUUGCGAUUCACCUGGACAGACAUAAGCUGCGCGGAGACGCAGUACUUGCUGAGGUUAACGGGGAACCUGCUGGGAGACAACCAGGCCCAGUUUGAGGUGUCCUCCUAUUGGACAAACAGGACCUCAUUUGAAAUCCCGCUUCCCUGCGGUUCUUACUAUGUUGCCACAGUGCAGAGCAGGAACACGGCUGGACUCAGCAACCAGUCUGUGCCUCUUAAUGAUACAACAGCUCCUUGUCAGCCGUCCAUGGUGCAAUACAGUAGCAACAGCUCAGCCGCCAGAGUUUCCUGGAGUUCUUCAGCGUUUGCCACCACUUACACCGUGUACAAGCAGAAUAUCUCACUCGGCUCCCGACUGUGCACCACCACAGGCCUGUCCUGCUUUCUGCUCAUCAACAUUUUGUCUUCAGACCUGCUGAUUACCGCCAGCAACGCGGCCGGAGAAAGCCAAGGAUCGACCGUCACGGCUGUGGGGCCACAUGAAGUCAGAAAAAGGGACCUCAGUGAGCGUGGAGGUCUUUCGGCUCCCGUGUUGAACAUCACACGGGCCACAUCGACGGUCGUCGUGGCCGAGUGGGCCCACGAUGACGCCGCGACCGAAUACAAGCUGCUGAUCAUGCAGCAGCAGGGCGGCUCGGAGUCCCCCCAGGAGGAACUGACGGUGCUCGGGCAACGCGUCAUCCUCACCGAUCUCAGCCCAGACUCUGCUUACUGCCUCACAGUGUCUGCCAGGAACGGCACUGAUGUCGGACCAGAAUCGGAACCUGUGUGUUUGGAAACAGGACAAACCAGAUAGCCAAUUAUUAUUCAUAACACCAUAUUUCCACACACAAGCCUGAUCAUAAUCUGACAAACCAAAUCACACGACAAUCCAUACAUUUAUCUUUUUUUUUUUUUUUUUUUUACUUUGUACACUAUAUGGGCAAAAGUAUUGUAACACAAUCACUCAAAAAAUACUCUAAAAAUUCCUAUAUCGUGAUUAGAGUUGUAGGUAAUGAUGAUUCCGAAUGCAGCAACAGCCUUUGGAAUCAUUCAUCAUUCCCUACUCUCGAAACAUUUUUAAAUAUCAUUCAUCUGUAUUAUAGCAGACCACAUACAACCCCAAUUCCAAUGAAGUUGGGACGUUGUGUUAAACAUAAAUAAAAACAGAACACAAUGAUUUACAAAUCAUGUUCAACCUAUAUUUAACCUACACACUACAAAGACAAGAUAUUUAAUGUUCAAACUGCUAAACUUGAUUAUUUUUAGCAAAUAAUCAUUAACUUAGAAUUUUAUGGCUGCAACACGCUCCAAAAAAGCUGGAACUGGGUCAUGUUUACCACUGUGUUUACAUCACCUUUUCUUUUAACGACAUUCAAUAAACAUUUGGGAACUGAGUACACUAAUUGUUGAAGCUUUGUAGGUGGAAUUCUUUCCCAUUCUUGCUUGAUGUACAGCUUCAGCUGUUCAACACUCGGGGUCUCCGUUGUUGUAUUUUGCGCUUCAUAAUGCGCCACACAUUUUCAAUGGGAGGCAGGUCUGGAGUGCAGGCAGGCCAGUCUAGUACCCGCAUUCUUUUACUAUGAAGCCAUGCUGUGCAGAAUAUGCCACGCCAUUGUAACACGUGCAGAAUGUGGUUUGGCAUUAUCUUGCUGAAAUAAGCAGGGGCGUCCAUGUAAAAGACCUUGCUUGGAUGGCAGCAUAUGUUUCUCCAAAACCUGUAUGUACCUUUCAGCAUUAAUUGUGCCUUCACAGAUGUGUAAGUUACCCAUGCCAUUGGCACUAACACAGCACCAUACCAUUACAGAUGCUGGCUUUUGAACUUUGCAUCCAUAACAGUCCGGAUGGUUCUUUUCCUCUUUGGCCCGGAGGACACGACGUCCGCAAUUUCCAAAAACAAUUUCAAAUGUAGACUCGUCGGACCACAGAACACUUUUCCACCUUGCAUCAGUCCAUCUUAGAUGAGCUCGGGCCCAGAUAAGCUGGCGGCGUUCCGGGGUCUUGUUGAUAAAUGGCUUUUGCUUUGCAUAGUAGAUUUUCAAGUUGCACUUCUGGAUGUAGCGUCGAACUGUAUUUACUGACAUUGGUUUUCUGAAGUGUUCCUGAGCCCAUGUGCUGAUAUCCUUUACACAUUGAUGUCGGUUUUUGAUGCAGUGUCGCCUGAGGGAAUCGAAGGUCACGGGCAUUCAAUGUUGGUUUUCGCCCUUGCCGCUUACAUGCAGUGAUUUCUCCAGAUUCUCUAAACCUUUUGAUGAUAUUAUGGACCGUAGAUGAUGAAAUCCCUAAAUUCCUUGCAAUUGUACAUUGAGGAACAUUGUCCUUAAACUGUUUGACUAUUUUCUCACGCACUUGUUCACAGAGGUGAACCUCGCCCCAUCUUUGCUUGUGAAUGACUGAGCAAUUCAGGGAAGCUCCUUUUAUACCCAAUCAUGGCACCCACCUGUUCCCAAUUAGCCUGUUCACCUGUGGGAUGUACCAAACAGGUGUUUGAUGAGCAUUCCUCAACUUUCUCAGUCUUUUUUGCCACCUGUCCCAGCUUUUUUGGAAUGUGUUGCAGUCAUAAAAUUAAGUUAAUGAUUAUUUGCUAAAAACAAUAACGUUUAUCAGUUUGAACAUUAAAUAUCUUGUCUUUGUAGUGUAUUCAAUUAAAUAUAGGUUGAACAUGAUUUGCAAAUCAUUGUAUUCUGUUUUUAUUUAUGUUUAACACAACAUCCCAACUUCAUUGGAAUUGGGGUUGUAGUUCACACGCACACACACACAAAAUCCUAUCUAGUGAUUAGAGAGUAAGGAGUGAGUGAAUGAAUAAUGAAGUAAAAUCAUCAUUUUUGUUUUCACUCAUGUAGGCAGCAGUUACACUGGAAUUUUGCUGAUCCGUGCAUGUUGCACACACACUAACCCCGCCCACCACGCCGAACGUUUUGCCAAAUAUUUUGUGAUGUUUAACAGAAACCAAUACUAGCACUAGUUUGCCUUCCAUGAUGGUGCUUUCGUCACUUGAAAAUGACAGUUCAUCAAGUCAUGGGCAGGUAAACUCAGUGUGGGGGCAGGAUUUUGUAAAUUUGCCACUGUUCUAUCAAAGUUCAGUGGAAUUUCACAACACAGUCACAAUUUUAGAAACAGGCAAUUUGGCUGUGUAAUUUCACAUUUUGAUUGGUGACCCAAAAAUUUACAUACAAGAAAUUGUAAAUUUUCAAUGUCACCUUCAAUAACUUUGGUCCAUAUUGUGUAUAUAUAUAAAACUCACAUCCUGUUAGGGUACAGGUUGCAACAAUCUGUCUGUUUUAUAGAAAUGUGCACUGUUACGUCUUAUUGGAUAAAGUUUCACACUGUGGGGAAUCUGGCUAUUCACCUUUAUAUUAGUCCAAAAAGGUAAUA